AUGCUGAAGAGGAAGGAACUAAUGAUGUUACAAAAAUCUGCCCGCUUAAAUAGCAAUCUGUCAAUCAGUAGCCUGAUGGCCAUAAAAAAAGGUAACAUUUGGUUGAUGUUGAAACAUUUCCACGUAAUUAAUGUUGAUCAAGUGACUCGUAUUAAAUGUUCAAGGAAAAUGCGAACAUUAAAUGUCGUUAACAAAAAAAAAGUUGAUGGAGCGAGGGAAUUGAAGCGAACAAAUUAUAAAGCACCAAAAUUAAAUAUGAAAGGACAGACUAAAUGGAUAGUGGAAGCUUUUCUCAAGCCAUCUGACGCGCCACGCGGAAAAACGCUUUACACGACUAUGUCCAAACAAGGAAGCAUAAAUCUGAAUACCGAUGAAGCUUUAAAUUGCAGAAUAAACAUCAUUAAAAUUCAAGAAAGGAUUUACAUCGUUUGA